AUGUGGUUAAUAUGGUAUGAAGUUGAUACAGAUGCAUUUUUGUCUGUGCUAGCUCUUCAACCAAUUCCAAAGAUGGAAUCUGUCCCUACUAUUGUUGAGGUCUCAAGUCCGAAUACAUGUGAUCUCUUAAAGUCAAUCUCUGGGUUAAAAGUCGAACCAGUAGAAAAUGUUGCAUCAAAACUGUUUGUUCAAUGCUCUCGUCAAAAGGGUCUCAUAAAGAUCUACAGACACUUACUCAACUAUCAAAAAAAUGUCUUUAAUCUCUGCAAUUUUCCUAACCUAGCGGGAAUAAGAUAUGGACAGUUACGACGUGGUUUCCAAGAGGUAGUUGUAUGUGGGCUCCAUCGGGAUGGCAAGAUAUACUUCCAUCCAUAUGAUGAUGAGAUCUUACAACAGACUGACAAAAUAUUAUUCAUUGCACCUGUUCACCGAGGUAGGAAACCACAGGUUGCCUAUCCAAAGAUUGAUGAAGAAACUAGUAACUCUGCUCAGAAGUUGGAAGUUACAGAAAGAGACGGUCAAAAUUCAGAUCGUGCUUUGGAACUAAGGAAAUUCCGACUUGAUAGUAUAGUAAAACGUCCUGCCAGAUCAGGUUCCAAGGCUUCAAACUGGACUGUAGGACCAAAAGAAUUUAUACUUUUGCUCGGUUGGCGCCCGGAUGUUGUGCAAAUGAUUGAAGAAUACGAUAAUUAUCUUGGACCUGGCAGUGUAGUGGAAAUAUUAUCAGAAGCAACUUUAGAUGACAGGAAUAGAGCUAGCAAAGUUUCUGGUCAAGGGAAACUAAAAAAUAUUCAAGUUUCUCAUAGGAUUGGAAAUCCCAUGAACUAUGACACUCUUCAGGAUACCAUAAUGAAUACUCAAAAUUCUUUGAAGAGGGGCAAAAAUAUUCCCUUAUCCAUUGUUGUCAUAUCUGAUAGAGAAUGGCUUCUUGGAGAUCCUUCCAGGGCAGACAAACAUGCUGCAUAUUCUCUUCUUCUUGCGGAAAAUAUCUGCAAUAAACAUGGAGUGAAGGUGCAAAAUCUAGUUGCGGAGAUUGUGAACUCGAAACUGGGAAAACAAAUUACAAGAAUUAAGCCGUCCCUUACUUACAUCGCAGCAGAAGAAGUAAUGAGCCUUGUAACAGCUCAAGUUGCUGAAAACAGUGAACUGAAUGAAGUGUGGAAAGACAUUCUAAAUGCAGAAGGUGAUGAAAUAUAUGUCAAGGAUAUUAGCCUCUACAUGAAAAAAGGAGAGAAUCCAUCAUUCUCCGAGCUUGCCGAAAGAGCGCAUCUACGACGAGAAGUUGCCAUAGGCUACGUGAAAAACAACAAAAAGGUUAUUAAUCCAGUUCCGAAGUCAGAACCCCUCUCCCUUGAAAUAACGGAUUCACUAAUCGUGAUAUCUGAGCUCGAAGGAGAACAACCGAUUAUUUUGUCUAGAGCAUACCCCUAACCUUGCUCUGUUCCCUUCUGCAAAAGGGCAUCAAAUUUUGUUUACACAAAUUGAUGCUGAUACGGUCUUGUCCAAGGUCAUUAAUGAAGGAAAGACGAGAAGUUUUGAAGAUGAUGAAGUUUUUUAAUACCCUUGUAGUACAAACAAAUUAUUUCAGACUUAAAAAACUAUUAGCAUCCACGUUAUUGUAAGAUUAAUUUAAGCACCAUAAUUUUUAUUGUUAUUAUUUUUGAAAUUUGUUGAUGUCAGGAUGUACUCUCCAGGAGAACUCUUGGGUUUAGUUAGAAAAGCUUUUGAAUUA